AUGACUUGGCAUUAUCAACCGUAUCACAAGUCGAAAGAUUGCUACUUCUGCCAAACAGAUACCGUUGGCCAUCACUACAAAACUCGCAAUCUCAUAAAAUAUGCUAAUGUGUUGACUGUAUCGAGACCAACCCCGAAAGAAAACACAGGGGAGCCAACUGCAAACGGACCAGCAGACCCUUGCAGCGAGUUCCCGAUUGAAAAAAAUGAGGACUCGUCGUAUGUUCCAAAUCGGGCAGUAGUAAAGGAACGACAUUUUAUAUCUAGCCAAGAUUAUAGUGAUCUUAGUCGAGAUUUGAAUCUGUCUUAUAGAGAAACAGAGAUCCUGGGUUCACGAAUAAAGCAGUGGAAUGUAGUGGAUGAUGACUUUAAAGUGACAUUCACACGAAACUUAGACUUAUCGUCAUUCGAAGAAGUUUUUAAGGCUGAUGAUAUAGACAAUAAACUUGUAUAUUGUGUUGAUGUGGAUGGAUUGUUUGCUGCCUUCGAUCACGUGUACUGCGCAAAAGAUUGGCGAUUAUUUCUGGACGGUUCUUGCAAAAGUCUGAAAGUAGUAUUAAUUCACAACGAGAAUCAGUUGCCAACAGUUCCAAUAGCAUACGCUACUGAUAUGAAAGAGACGUAUCAAACGAUGGAAAAGAUUUUACGAUUAAUCAAUUACAAUAAACAUCAAUGGCAAAUUGUCUCAGACCUCAAAGUUCUGACAAUACUUCUGGGAAUGCAAGGAGGCUACACUAAGCAUCCGUGCUAUUUCUGA